AUGUAUCUUCCUCGUCAACUCAUAUCGCAUCUCUACCUACAACUCCUCCGAUCACACCAUCCGCUAUCUCCCCCCGUGCUUAUUCUCGUCGCCUUGGAACCCGAUGCUCUCUGCGCAUGUCGAAUCCUCACGGCUCUACUGAAACGCGACUAUAUACCCCACAAGAUCCAACCUGUAGCCGGAUAUGGCGAUCUCGCUCGCUCCGGAGAGGAGCUGGUCAAGCCCAUGCAGACCCAUAACGGGGGCAGCGGAGGCGUGGUCAUAUGCCUAGGCGUCGGAGGCCUGGUGGAUCUUAGCGAGAUCCUGUGCCUGAGUAGCCCGGACGAUGAGGUGGAAGAUAUGGGAGGGGUAGAAGUGUGGGUUUUCGACUCAAGGCGGCCCUGGAAUCUGAGCAAUGUUUUUGGUGGGGAGGCGGCUACGGUUUCUGCGGACGGGAUUCCUACCAACACACGACGUAACACGCGUGGUGUUGACAAGGGAUGCAUCACGCCGUCAUAUAAGUCUGGCACGGGGGGUAUUGUUGUGUAUGACGACGGAGAUAUUGAGGAAGAGAUGAGUAGGGAGCGAGAGGCAUACUGCGCACUGCUCGAAAUGCCGGAUAUCGACGAAGACGCAGACGACGACAUUGGGGCAUCUGGAAGCGAAGACGAAGAAGAGCAUACACCGAGCUCAGGGUCUAAGAAGCGAAAAUCGUGGUCGGGACGUGAGGACGAGGAGGAUUCCGAUGAGGAUGAUGGGCCUCCUCGUCAACGGAGGAGAAGUAAUUCAGGAUCCUCAAUUACCUCGUCACCGAGCCGACGACGCAGGAACGGCCAUGAUUCCUCAAACUCUUCGCGCUCCAUCACCCCGGUAUCCGACUCGCCUUCACCCGCGCUGCCAAAGCAGCCCUCCGCACGUUCCUUGAGACGCCGAUUGAUUCGCCUCAAGCAGAAACAUGAGACUAUCUUGCAGAGAUAUUAUUCUGCCGGUACAUCAUAUUCCGAGCCAAUAUCAUCGAUCGUGUAUUCUCUAGCGUCCGAACUUGGUCGAGAGGACAAUGAUCUCCUCUGGUUGGCCAUCGUCGGUGUCUCUAGCCUGGAACUCAGUGGUCGGACGAUGUCUGGUGUCGGCAUCUCUAACUCGUCAGAGUCUGGAGGAUCUGCUGGAUGGGGCGGAGAGCGCGGAGAACGGGUUCGCCAAAUAUUACGAGACGAAGUUCAUCGACUGAACCCGCCGGACCCCUACGAGAGAGACCGAGAUGUCAGAGGAGAGAUUAACGGUGUUAUCCCGACGACUGCCCGAUCCCCGACAGACAAAUCGAUCCGCCUAUCCCCAGAGCCGCGGUUCAUCCUGGUACGACACUGGUCACUCUAUGAGAGUAUGCUGCAUAGCCCCUACUUGGCAUCGCGGCUCCAUGUUUGGACGGAGAAUGGAAAGAAGCGACUGCACAAACUCCUGGCGAAGAUGGGGAUCAGCUUAAGCCAAUGCCAUCAAAAUUACACCCACAUGGAUAUGGAAUUAAAACGAGUACUAAGGCAAAGACUAUUAAAGUAUGCACCGAUGUACGGGCUAGAUGGCCUUGUGCCUGCCGACGCAUCUGGUCACGCAUCUUCGCGUGAAGGUUGGGGGUUUGUGCGCUGUUGGGGCUGGAAGGCUUGCCUCUCCGCCACAGACGUGGGUGUCAUUGUAGGCGCGAUUCUCGAGGUGGGACCGGAGGAAGCGCCUGGUGCCUGGGAUGCAAAACGACUCGCACGACCAAAGCUCGCAAAUGAGUCGAACGAUUCAGAUGGCUCCACAGAGUCGGAUCUAUCUAGCCUUCUCCCGCGAUUCUGGAGUGCAUACGACGCUUUAUCUCUAACAUCGGAGUCACCUACUCUUCUUCUCAAGGCGCUCCCUCUUGCCCAGCAUUUGCACCGGGCUAUUCUCCGCACCGGCACCUCCCUCCUCUCCAAGCACCAGAUUCGACACCUGCGGGCAUUUCGUAUUGCCGUUGUCAAGGAUGGUCCCGAUGUCAAACUUUUCACAAACCCUGGCGCAUUGACGAAGUUGGCACUCUGGAUCGCAGAGGCCAUUCGCGUUCAAGAGCGCGAGAGGGGCGACAGCUCCAAAAACGGGAAACGGCGCGCUGCGGGAACCCCACUAGUCCUAGCAGGGCUUGACGAAGAUCGUGGCCUAUAUGUUGUCGUUGGUACUGGCGGAGGUGGAGGCGUGAUCGACUAUGCUGCUAUGGCAAAGCGCCAAGAAGAACGCCGCAAGAAGAACGAGGCCAAGGAGAAGAAGAAAAAGGAGCGAGAAGAACGUCGAGCGCAACGUGCAGCCGAGCGGGCUCAACGUGGGACCGAAGAUGACGAUGAAGAAGCCGACGAGACCGAAGAGGAGGACUCGGAUUCAUCGUCCGAGUCCGAGUCGGAAUCGGAGGACGAGCUUGAUGUGCGUGGCAACAAGCAUCUUUUGCGAAAUCGAUUCGGUAUCGCUUUCCAGGAGGUGGUGCAGGAGACCAACACCCGGGUGCGCAUCGACAGUUUUGAGCAUUGUGUCGUUGAAGUCCAAAAGGAGGACCUAGGUGGCUUCCUCGAGGCUCUGAGCUUCCGCAGCGUCGUGGGGUAA